AUGGCUUACUCCAAAAGCUUUUCAUUUCUCAUUUUGCUCCUCCUUUUAAUCUUCCACGUCCACGCCUCCUCUGCACAAGAAACUGACGCUGGCAUUGGCCUUGGCGUUGGCGUUGGCGUUGGCCUUGGCCUUGGCGCUAACGGUGAUCCGGAGGAUGUGGAUAACGUCCAUGGAGGAAGUGGUGGUGGCACUGACGCUGUUAGUGAUAACGCCUCACCAUAA